CGUGACGCUGACAGGCUGUAGCUGACCUGCGAGCAGCGAAAUAGCGGUGCGGCUUGUAUUAUGAAAAUUUUGGCGUUACUCAGUACAGUUGUAGUAAACUGCUGUAUGCGGGACUCACUGGCCGCAAUGGCCCCUGUGCUCAGUGAGAGAAUAUUGGGAAGCAUCGUUGGGUCGGCAGUGGCAGAUGCUGCAGCCCAGCCCCUCCAUUGGAUUUAUGACCUGCAGAAGCUGAACGCUAUCUUGGCAGGAGAGCCAAGUCCAGAAUUUCACCCCCACCCUGCAAACCCUUUCUACCGAAGGGAGACUGGGCAGCAAAGUUGCUAUGGUGACCAGGCAUAUGUGCUUCUGGAGUCUUUGUCUGAAUGUGGAGGUCUGAAUGUGCAUGACCUAAAGCAGCGCUUCUACAAGUUUUUUGGCCCAAGAUCUGAGUAUGACACUCCUGUCAAUGAUCCUUCUCGAGACAAAGGAAGUCCCAGACCCCAGCUUCCUAUUAGUGGACCCUGGAGACAUGCCAGCCUGAAGAGCUUCCUGAAGAACAUGGAUGCAGGCAGAGAGGAAACAGGGUGUGAUAUUGAUAAUCAGAUAGAUGGUAUAACAAAGCUGGCUCCAGUGGUUGCACUGUACGCUGGGAAGCCCGAGAUGCUGGAGAAGGUGGAGGAUGCCACCCGAGUAACCCAGAACAACGACAUGUGUGUGACUGUCACACUAGCAGCUGCCCGAUUCCUAGAACAUUACAUCCUGAAUGGUCCUGAUCCAAAAGCACUGGAUUCUGUAUUGGAGCAACUUAAUGAUCCCAGCAGAAAGAAUCCCCAAGAACUGGACCGAACCGUCAUUGGGCACAUUCACCAAGUGAAGGAGAACUUGUUGAAGACUCCGCAGGAGCUGAUUCCUGCUGUUUUCUCAAACGCAUGAGGUUUGCCUGGUGCCUUCCAGGCAGCAUUGCAUGGAGUCCUGACAGCACACAAGUUUGACCAGGCAGUCCAGGACACCAUGUGCUGUGGGGGCUGCACCUGUAGUAGGGGGUCCUUCAUUGGAGCCUGUUUGGGGGCUCAGGUUGGAUUCCAAGGCAUUCCCAGUUCCUGGAAAGACAAAACCCUCAGAUAUCCUGCUUUGCUGGAGCAUGCAAAGAAAAUUGCCUGUUUGCACCAGAUGUAACUGCUGGUCUUUUUUCGUGGCAUAAUGUAUUUUAGAGUUGUGCUCCCUGGUCACUUUUGGGUACGUCUACAUUGUACUAUUGUCAUCUUGGGUUAGUACUGACUUUCAGCAAAACCUAAAUGAAGGUUCUAGCUUAAAUGUUGUUCAGCUGGAACUUGAUGCUCUGUGUUUUGCUGAAGUGCAGCAUGCCCAGUGAAGAUGUAUCAGCUUAUACAAUUUUUUUUCAUAAAGUUAAUGAAGAUGUACAGAUUUGUAACAUUUUUUUCUAAGCAAAAUGAAUAGUAUGUCUGUUGGACACCCUUGGUACACGAACUCCACGAGUCCUUCCAGAUACUUUAAUCAGAUGAGACAUGCCACUGCAUUGUUCUCCAGUGGGAAAUCCAGAGAUUAUACUGACACAGGGACAAAGAAGUAGUGAUAUUCAGCAGUACAUCUGUGUACAGAAGGAGGAACGGGACCAUUGUAGUCAUCACUGCACUGGGGCGUCAGGCCUGAGCGCCAGAAACUCAUGUGUGAAUGUGAAUGUGCAUGUUUGCAUAGGGUUGUUUCUGCCAUUUAGGCAGACCCGCAGGCCCCCACCAUUGCAUCUGUGCAUGUUCCCAGGUCCUCUGCCACUUCCAAGUACGCGAGUCCUGUGUGGUUCAAUCACAGAGAACGACAAUGUUUUAGGAGACAGCUACUAAUGAAAUUUUGACAAACAAAUCACAGAAUUUAAAUGGUCUCUUCGCAGAGUUGCAUAAUUCAAGAAGUCCUUCGAGUUAAGGAACUCUCUCAAAUGUAAAACAGCAAUAUUUCCCAGAGACUUGGAUGUCACAGUCUUCACACCAGAUCCCUCAAUACGGAAGUUGAGUUUUUCAGGGUACAGGUUUGUUAUUAGCAGAACUAGCCAUUUUUUGAGGAUACGGGAAUUCAAAGCGGGUAUCUUCAGUAUAAACUGAAAUGUACUGCAAAACUAUACCAUGUACUAUACACAUGAUUUUUGAGUUAACGUUUUGUUAUAUCCUUUUGUAGACUCCCUGCAAUCAUUUGCUUAAAUAAAUUUUACUUAUUUUUAGCUUUGAGUUUUGCAUCAGUGGUCUUCAGCAGGAGGUGAAACCUGCAUAAUAUUCAUAAUACUUAAUGAAUAAUAAGUGUUUGAGUUGUUUUCAAAUCUUCUCAAGUGAUCCCCAGUGAUGACUUUGCGGUUGUGUGUUAUUGCAAGUAAGAGAAAUAUAAACAAGUAGGCACAAGAUAAAACUGACUUCCUUCUAGAUUUCUGUCCUUUUAUAAAACCUGUAGUAAAAGGCCACAUUUUUAAAAUACCACACUUUAGCUCUUGCAAAGCAAUUUUACUGCCAUCUGGUGAUUCAUGGAAAACAGAGCACAGAAUUUAAAAAAGUUCAACUGUUGUAAUCUCUAACCCUAACACUGUGCCAUAAAUGAGGUGUGUCAACAUUUUUUCAGCCAAGGGCACAAUCAUUAUGAAUUGUAUUGAGGGUGGCACAUUAAAAAAAAUUAAAUAUCUAAAUUGAAAAAA